AUGAGCCAUGCAGAUCUGGAGAAUCAUCAGAGGAAGAGAGCAGCUUUUGCCUGGUAUCUCCAGUCCUCCUCCUUCCUUCACCCUAAAGCUGGGAACAAUGAGAUUGCUCCUGUGUCUACUCUUCCUAAUGAGAUUUUGGCUACUUCCUCGGUAGACAAGGGGCUGGGCAGGCUGAGGAAGUGCACCGUUUUGCAGGAGGAGAUCCAGUGCCAGGAGAUACCUCUGCGAGGAAAGAUUAAAGGUUCCAAAAACAUCCAGGAUGGUGGCAUAGCUAUUGACAGGAACUCAGAUUGGAUCCUGGCUUGCCUGCAGAAGAAGCACCGCCGAGCCUUCACCACUACCGAGGACAUGAAUGGAGUCUGUACUCUGCUCACCACUGACCUGCGCAGCGCAGCUUUCCUCAACCUCACUAAGAUGGUUGAGACCAAAUUAAACGGCAUCCAAAGUAAGAACAGGAAAGACGAGAUUACUGACACCAGCAGCUCUGUCAGCACAGACAACACCAGCAGUGCUUGUGGUGAGCUCUUUGGCAGCGCAGGGAACAACCACAUGUGCAAAGAACUGGGAACAGAGAUUGCUGUCAUUCUGGGUGGAUCGGAGAACACCAAGCCAGAUGAUUUCCAAAAUGCCAAGACCUCUAUCCUCAAUAUGAUGAAGUCAAUGUGGCAGAAAUGCUCAAAGAUUAGGUUUGCUGUGGUGCAGUAUGGAGCACAGAUCCAAACUGAACUGAGCCUGCAAGAAAGCUGCAACAGACUAACUGCUUUCUUCAAAGUCCGAAACAUCAAGCAGCAGAGCUCACGGACUGACAUCGCAGCCACACUGCAGCAUGUGUUGGAUAAAGUCUUUGAAAGCCAUGACUCCAGCCAGGCUGAUGACAAGAUAAUCAUUGUCAUGGCAUCUGGGCAAGUGUUUCAAGAAAACCAUAGAUUGAGAAAUGUGAUGAACUCCCUGGAAAUGGCUAUGGUCAAACUCUAUGCUCCUGGGAUUGGAGAGUUCAUAAGCAACCAGUGGGUCCCAGAAGAGCUGCAGAAAGUUAGAGGUGACUGGUUCGUGCCGUCCACAUAUGAAGAUUUUGACAGUUUCCUUUUGGAGUUGGAGAGAGAGACUCUGAGUGAUUCAGCUGAAAAUAUUCCAACUGAAGCACCAGAGCACAGAAACACUAAUGACAGUGGUGACAGCAAGCUCCCUUCCUGCGUGGAGGAGGACAAAGAGGAGGAGGAAAAUGGCUUGCCUUCUGGAACAGAGAUUGCUUUUAUUCUGGAUGGAUCAGGGAGCAUUGAGCCAGAGGAUUUUGAAAGAGCAAAAGCAUUCAUCCACAAGAUGAUGAAAACACUGUAUGAGAAGUGCUUUGAGUGCGAUUUUGCAGUGGUACAGUAUGGGUUUGAAAUCAGAACUGAGUUUGACCUGCGAGAAAACUGGGAUCCUCGUGCCACCCUCCAGAAAGUACUUGAUAUUGUGCAGGUGUGCAAUGUGACAAAAACAGCAUCUGCCAUGCAGCAUGUCCUGGAUUCUAUCUUCACUGAAAGUCACGGGUCUCGCAAGGAUGCAGCCAAGGUCAUGAUUGUGCUUACAGAUGGGGAAAUACUCCUGGAUGAAAUGAACUUGACAACAGUGAUAAAUUCACCCAAAAUGGCAGGAAUCGAGCGCUAUGCCAUUGGGGUGGGAGAUGCCUUCAAAAAACCAAAGGCCCUAAAUGAAUUGCGGCUAAUUGCAUCUGGUCCAGGUGACACUAAUGUAUUUCAGGUGACCAAUUAUUCAGCAUUAGAUGGGCUGCUUUCAACCCUGCAGCAGAGUAUUAUUGGUAUAGAAGGUACGCAGGGAGAUGCUCUGGAAUAUGAGCUUGCACAAGCUGGUUUCAGCGUGCAGCUCUUGGAUAAUCAAGUCUUAAUGUUUGGUGCGGUGGGGGCCUUUGACUGGUCUGGUGGAGUUCUGCUGUAUGAUCUGGCAACCAAGACCGCUGUUUUCCUGAAUGAAUCUAAAGAAGAAGCCAAAAAAGCAAAAUACAGUUACCUAGGGUACAGCGUGGCAGUGGUACGCACAGAAUACGGACCCUUGUACGUGGCUGGAGCUCCACGGCACAGCAUGACAGGGAAGGUGUUCGUGUUUCAGGACGGCCGCUUAAAACAAACCCUGCAAGGAGAACAGGUUGGAUCUUAUUUUGGAUCUGAGCUCUGCCCACUUGAUGUGAACCAUGAUGGGGUGACAGAUCUUCUCCUCGUUGGAGCUCCAUUUUAUCACAUUCGAGGGGAAGAAGGAAGGGUUUACGUCUAUCGCCUGGAGACAGAGACUGGUUCAUUCACCUUGAAAGGACACUUAAAUGUGCAGGUGACCUCUCCUUUUGCAAGGUUUGGGUUUACUGUGGCCAGCAUUGGAGACAUCAAUGGGGAUGGAUAUGAGGAUAUUGCCGUUGGAGCCCCCCUUGAAGAUCAGCUUUCACACAGUUCCUCUUUUGGCAGCAUUUACAUCUUUAAUGGUGAUAAAGACAAGAUCAAGAGCUCUUUUUCUCAAAGAGUAAAAGCCUCUGAAAUUUCUUCAGGACUCCAGUAUUUUGGACAAUCCAUUGAUGGUGGCUUUGAUUUCACUAGUGAUGGUCUCCAAGAUAUUACAGUAGGAUCACUGGAGAAUGUGAUUGUGCUCCGCUCGAGACCAGUUGUCCACUUUCUCACCAGCAUGAGAUUCAACCCUGAGAGAAUCCUAAUUUUCCAAAAUAACAGCAUUGUUACAGCAAAACUAUGUUUCGACACAAUCUCAGCUUUACCAGUGUCUCAACAAGCGUUUUCACAGUUAUACAUUCUCUACACGGUGGACUUAGAUGUGAAAAUGGCAAAGAGGAGAGUACAGUUUGAAGAUCAGAACACCACAACAAGUGGCAAGCUGUUGGUCAGCAAGCGCAUGUGCUCUGAGCUGCAGCUUUACACGCUGCCAUGUGACUUCGACUGUUUUUCCAGUGUUUUUCUGAGAGUUAAACAUGAGCUCUAUAAGAAAAAUGAUAACAUGGAGUUUGCUGUUCCUGUGCUGGAUAGAUACCAGCCAUCAGAAAUUCAUUUUCAGUUGCCUUACAAGCAGGACUGCAACAACAAGACCAUCUGUACUGCUCAUUUAACUUUGACAAGUCAGAUUCAAAAGGAAUUAGUGGUGGGCCACACUAAAGAAGUGACCAUGAAUAUUUCACUAACGAACAGUGGAGAUGACUCGUACAUGACAACUAUGGUCUUGAACUAUCCUAAAACCCUACAUUUUAAGAAGGUGAAUGUUGAGCCAUCCUCUCCUGCUAUUCACUGUGGCGAACCAAUACCAUUAACUUCUGUAGUCUUAUCCUGUAACUGCAGCAUUGGGCAUCCAGUAUUCAAGAAGACAACUGCAGAAUUUUCAGUGAUUUGGCAAUUAGAUGAAAGCAUAUUCCAAAAUAAGUCUGCAAUCACCGUUAAUAUCGCCAACAUAAAUGAAAAUAGCACCAUUCUGACUGAAGAACACAUCCUUGAUGUCAGAUAUGCAUUCACUGCAGUCCUUACCAAACCAGUUUCUUUAAUGUACGUGAAUGUUAGCAAAGGACUUCUUGAAAACAAAGAAUUCAGAUUUAAUAUAAAUGGAGAAAAUAGCUUUAAUGCUACUAUCAAGUUACAGAUUUGGGUUCCUAUCAGUAUACAAGGUCACAACAUAAUAACGGUCAAAAAUGCAUCAGGAACGCAGGAGACGACGGAGUGCGGGGUCGGCGAUGAACGGGUGCCGGAUCUCCGGGAGUAUUCCGGCGGUACAGAAGCCGAGGGCAUUCGGGAUGUGCAGUAUCAGUGCGUGCACUGCUCUGUCCGAACUGACGGAGACAAUAUCACCGUGACAGCAGAAUUGUCUUUAAGCAGCUCGCACCAGUUUCUAAAAAGCAGAACUGUUCUGCUGGUCCCUGGAAAAAUCACCUUCAACAGAGAACUGUAUCUGGGCCUGAAAGAAGAGAAUCAUAAUGCUGAGAUUACUCUUGUGCUCCUGAAAGACGAAGUGUUUGAUCCCGUGUCUGUUAUCAUAGGAAGCUGUAUUGGUGGACUUCUCUUGCUGGCAUUCAUUAUUCUGCUCCUCUGGAAAUGUGGCUUUUUCAAAAGAAACUAUAAAACUAUGAUGGAGCAAGAAGGUGCCUCCUGAAGACUAAGCUGGCCAAAGCAGAAAGCUCUGUAUUCUUUCACCAUCUUUUGGAAAAAAGAGGGAGUCUCUCUUUGGCAGAGUCAAAGUCUGGCUAAGAUGCAAAACAGCUCAUAUUCCCUGGUAGAGCUAUGGCACUCCGGAUCUUGGGACUCUCCCAAAUUGCUCUUUUGACCAUAGGGGCCCAGCUCUUUUGGGCAAUCCAGUUGCCUGCUUGUUUAAUUUGAACUAUUUAUCAUGGAGGGACUGCCUGGUAUUGAUAAAUUAGACUCCCCAUGAGAAAUUUUGCUUUAAUGUAGAUAUGCUAGGAAAAAUUCAUCUUGGAGCCUGUUAGAUCUAUGUGUUAGAUUGCAGUCUUAGUUGCUGUGAUGCUGAGUGGUUCUUAAGUUGAUUUUAGUACUUAGUAGGUUCAGAAUAGAUUGAAAUAGAAAUGGAUUAGGGGAAGCUUCCCAUCCUGCUAUUGCUGAUGAAAAUGAGAGACAAGUAUUUUGCAUAUACAUGUAUAGACGUAUAUAUCUAUAUAUACAUACAAAUUUGUGCAUUUUAGUGCAGUAAAGUAUGUCCCUUGAUGUCUCUGGUUCUUGGAAUCAGAAGUGUGUGUAUGUGGCGAUUAGUUUUUUAUACCUCACAAUCUUAUUUCUGAUUUUCCAUUUUCAGUUGCUUUCAAAUCCUGAUUUGGUCACAAAUAAAAACUUGUGUCAUGGACCUCAUUGCCAGUUCAGACAGACUCCUCCGAUAUCAGGAGACAUUUCCCCAGGUUAACAUGGUUCACCACACCUGAAUCAAGGGCAGAGCUGAGCAGUGAGCUGCAGUCUUGUCAUCCACCCUGCUGGAUGUGUGACAGAAAGGAGGGCGAAUCAUGAGCAAUCUCAGUUUAUCAGCUGCAGAUUAUCAGUAAUUGCAAUUUAUAGGGUUUGGGGAAAGAAGGUGCCUAGCCGAACCCUGUGGCUGGCUUUAGCUGGUACCAGGUGUUUUCUUUCCUGAGCACUGAAAUGAUCUCAGGCCCCCUCAGGUGUUUGCUGUUUCCAAAGAAGGACAAGUACAGAUACUUGGUACUAUUCCUCUCUUCGGCUUUCUCUGUCCCUAAUUGUGUAGUUGUUUGAUUUCUGUCGUGUUUGGCUACCCGUAAACCCCACAAAUCUAAUGUGUGUUUACACACAGCAGUAGAUAAAACAAUCAUUUUUCAUUCAGACCUUCAGAAGGUAAAACAGUUCCUGUCUCCUUUGCCUUAACCAAUAUUGCCUGAUGGAAAACUAAAGUUAACAAGCAAACUGUGGCCUUCAUUGAAGUUGCCUUGUAAGAUUCCUGUCUGGUACCCAGGUAGUGCUACUAAUACAUCUCUUCAAGGCUAUUACAGGUAUCACCUUCCUGGUGGGAUGGGCAUCCUGCAGGCUGUACAAGCCUGGGUGUGUUGUAGCUCCAAAUCUGGCUGCCAACCAGCCAGAAGUUAAAGGUGCUAAGCACACUGGCCUGCCUGCUUAGGACAAAAGUAAGACGUACCACAGCAAGAUAUUGUUUGAGUAAUAUAGGGCCCUUGUGUGACUUCCAACAGCACAAGAGAGAGAGGUGCAGAGAUCUCGUGCUGGCAUCCAGUUCAAUCAGCUGCUGCAGCCAUUCUUCUGGCUUGAAUUUCUUUCUCUCUCCUCCCGGCUGGUUGUAGAGUUCCUUGGAGCUGCAUACAGAGAGUGAGUCAUUCCAAAUCUGCUUACAAGUGCCAGGGAUUGAGGAAAUGAGACUUUCUAGGUGAGAGCUUAGAAAGGAAGUUCAUGUCUGAACCAAAGAACCACCUGUGUCAGGUUUUUGUCAUAACAGCUUUGUAAUAUUUGGAAAGAAAUGUGCUUUGCCUGGUCUGAGUGGCUUUGUUGUCACCCCUCUUUGUGUAAAUCCUCUUUUUUGUAGUGUUUUUAAUUGCAUCUUCUUUGUAAAUAAAUUCUUGUAAGAGAA